CUGACUUAUUCGUAUAUGUGUACUAGGUCUAGUGUCUGUAACACACAAAAGGCUGUGUCUCUCUUUCUCUCCCUAUUUAUUAUCUUUGCAGAAGCCUUUCAAGUUCUAAAGAAUCUGAGAGCCAAAAAGACAAAUGGAGGAAAAUCAAGAACUUGUUUUGACCCAGUUGAGAACAUCGGUGGAGAAACUCUCUUCUUCCACAGAGGGAUAUGAGAAACCGACGUUGAUGAGGUUCCUGGUGGCAAGAUCAAUGAACCCUGACAAGGCAGCAAAGAUGUUUGUAGAUUGGCAAAAAUGGAGAGCAUCUAUGGUUCCUCCAAAUGGGAUCCCAGACUCAGAAGUGAGAGAUGAAUUGGAUUUUGGAAAGAUCAGUCUUCAGGGUCCAACCAAAUCUGGACACCCUUUGGUGCUUGUCUUGUGCUCUAAGCAUUUUCCUGCCAAGAAUGCAGUUAACUUCAAGAAGUUUGUUGUUUAUGUACUAGACAAAACAAUCGCAAGUGGCAUCAAAGACAAAGAAGUAGGAGAUGAAAAGUUAGUAGCCGUUUUCGAUCUUGCAAACAUUACAUACAAGAACCUUGAUGCUCGUGGAUUAAUCACCAGCUUUCAAUUCUUACAAUCUUACUACCCGGAACGCCUAGCAAAAUGUUACAUGUUGCACAUGCCUGGAUUCUUCGUGUCCGUUUGGAGAUUCGUCUGCCGUUUUCUAGAGAAAUCUACUCAAGAAAAGAUUGUGAUAGUAACUGAUGGAGAAGAAGAGAUAAAGUUCAAGGAGGAGAUCGGAGUAGAUGCCUUGCCAGAAGAAUAUGGUGGCCGUGCUAAGCUCACACUAAUCCAAGAUGUUCUUCUUCCUCAAACUGCUCCAGAAAAAGCACAUGAAUAUAAUCUCUCGUCUAUCACCACCGCCGCCAAAACCUCUCCCUCCCUCUCUCUCUCUCUCUCACUUCCGGCGACAAUGGCGACACUCACUCACCAAACCCCACAAACCCAUUUCCUCUCCCGUCUCCCUCUCAACCCCAAACCCAAACCCAUCUCCACAAGAGUCAAAAUGUCCCUCCAAGAAUCCGCACCCUCUCUCGCCGUCGUCGGCGUCACCGGCGCCGUAGGCCAAGAGUUCCUCUCCGUCUUAUCCGACCGCGACUUCCCUUACAGCUCCGUCAAGAUGCUCGCCUCCAAACGCUCCGCGGGCAAACGCGUCUCCUUCGACGGGCGUGAAUACACCGUCGAAACUCUCACCGCGGAGAGCUUCGACGGCGUCGACAUCGCGCUGUUCAGCGCCGGGGGGUCGAUAAGCAAGGAGUUUGGACCUUUAGCUGCGGAGAGAGGAACGAUUGUUGUUGAUAACAGCUCUGCUUUUAGGAUGGUGGAGGGAGUUCCGUUGGUGAUACCGGAAGUGAACCCUGAGGCGAUGGAUGGGAUUAGGGUUGGGAGUGGUAAAGGGGCGUUGAUUGCGAACCCUAAUUGUUCGACUAUUAUUUGUUUGAUGGCUGUUACGCCUCUUCAUCGUCACGCAAAGGUGAAGAGGAUGGUGGUUAGUACGUAUCAAGCAGCUAGUGGUGCAGGUGCUGCUGCUAUGGAGGAGCUUGUGCAGCAGACUCGCGAGGUUUUAGCGGGUAGACCGCCUACUUGUAACAUCUUCGGACAGCAGUAUGCAUUUAAUCUGUUUUCCCAUAAUGCUCCGAUUACGGAGAAUGGUUACAACGAAGAGGAGAUGAAACUUGUUAAAGAAACAAGGAAGAUCUGGAAUGAUACAGAAGUAAAAGUAACAGCGACGUGUAUACGUGUUCCGGUUAUGCGUGCUCAUGCCGAGAGUGUGAAUCUACAGUUUGAGACUCCCCUUGACGAGAACACAGCAAGGGAGCUGUUGAAGAAAGCACCUGGAGUUUACAUUAUAGACGACCGCACUUCAAACACCUUCCCUACUCCACUUGAUGUCUCUAACAAAGACGAUGUCGCUGUUGGUAGGAUCAGGCGAGACGUGUCUCAAGAUGGCAAUUACGGGCUGGACAUAUUCGUAUGUGGAGAUCAAAUACGCAAAGGAGCUGCUCUUAAUGCUGUUCAGAUCGCUGAGAUGCUUCUCUGAUUUUGAUUCCCUCACUCACUUGCCAUGACAUCCCUGUAGCAGAUUCGAGCCAAGACUUUGUGGGUUUCUUUUGUUUCUUUGUUUGACCAGUUUUGUUACUUUCAUACACGAAGUUGUCUCUGAAAAUCCUCCCUACGGCUGAACCUUACCAGUUUCCGGUUUAAACCAGUACCGGUAUGGUUAAUAAAAUAUUCAAUUUAUUAGAUGUGGGGUCUUCACUUCAGAUUACUUUUAAAAUAGGUCUAGCCACAGAGGAUCCCUGGUCCCUCAAUUAUUCAACGCACUAAACCAGUCACGUAUAGGCCCACAUUGUCCUUCCUUCCUUUUCGCUUUGUAGUUUAGUUAGCCCCCGUACGAUUCUGAAUAUUAUAUUUCUCUUUUAUUUUAUAAAGUGAAUAAGUGUUAUCCAAU